AUGAGGCUACGAUCGAACACUGCCGCGGCGCUCGCUGCUUUUGUAGGAACACUCUCCGUCGACUUAUCACUGGCCGUGACUGAUCCAAUACAACGUUACGUCCUCGGAACCUGUGACGAUUCCAGUCUGCUGCGAGCCGAUCACCAACCUGCCUUGUUGGGGUCCUUCGCGACGCCAAACACCAACACGUUUCGAUGUGACGCGCUCGGCGGCGUCCGUCUCGUUCCAAACACGUAUGCCGUCGCUCCCUUCGAAACCAACACUCGGGCGGGAGUCUUACAGGAACAUUUUGGGACUGCACCGGACGUUACGGGUCUAACCCUUGGACUGUGGUUUCGACCGGACGUCCACUCCGAAGCGCCAUCGUCACGAUUGCUCCAACCGAUUGUAACUAUCGGAACGGCACGGAAGGAUCCCCCCGACAAUAGCGGAAGUAAUCACUCCGAUUUCGAUUGGAAGGGAUGUUCCGGCUACGACCUCCAAAUUGCACAAGGGGACGAUCGCUUGUUCCUCAGCUUCUCGGAUGGUGACGGGGGUCACUCGUGCCGUCACCUACGUCUACCACACAUUACCUUGACGUCCGUUCUUACACACGUGGCGAUUAGUUUGCGAGACGGCAGUACGGCCGUGUAUCUGAACGGAAAAAGUCUAGUAGGUGACGUGCCCAACAACUUUGACGUCACACUUUCGCAUUGGGACCGCGAUUUGACCGUGCAGCUGUUUGCCACCCACCAAGAAGACCCAGCGGCUGUGUUUUUAGGGUCCGUUCACCAGGUUUCCAUCUUUGAUCAGUUUAUAGAUUCGGAGCAGGCGGCACAACUGUUCGACCAAGGUCCCGGUCCAGUUAACGUGCCGUCGAAUUUACAAGUCUUGCUAGCCGAGCCCGUCGUUUCGCUCUCCCAAGAUGCCACCGAGAUGAUCGACAUCGUUAUGAGUGGAGCUCCUUCCGACUGGACCCCCUCGAUGUCCAUGGAAUUAGAACUUGUAUCAAUCCCACUACAUGGUACUCUCUCCUCUGUGAAUUUCAAGGAACCUAUCAUGAGCGGCACCCGCCUACCUCUUGCGCCGGGAUCCACGACGACAAAUUACUUCAAUGUACCAAGGCUAGAACAAGACACACCACCCGAUUCGUUUGCGGUUCGGCUCGUCGCGACUGAUAAAGUCGACCAGGCUAUGCGUCUGUAUUCUGAGGCAGUGGUACAGACGGUGCGGAUCCUGCGUGUCAAUGAAGCGCUUCCGAGUCCAACUCAACCGGGGCUCUUCACUAUUGACGGCUUGCAGCUCAGUGAUGACAACGACCACGAUCUGGAUCUCGUACGAGUGGAUCUCUCGGCGAAUAGCGGCUGGCUAAGUCUGGAGGCUUCGGUCCGAUACAAAGCAAAGUUUACCGUGUGUCAAAGUCGCACCGACUCGAGUUGGCAAUGUGUCGGCAAUGGCCUCCGCGAUCGACGAAUGACGUUUGUGGCCACACCCAGUGACGCACAGCUCCUUCUGGACACAUUACGACGAAACAAUUCGCCGAGAGUGUUUUGA